CAAAGAGCCAGAAACCUGUUAUAGGUCAUUAUCUCACCAGGAUUCAGAAAUAUUAGCUCACGAAGGUGAGAUAGCAUCUCUUAAUUCCCCAAUGGCGUUAUCAGAACUUUUAAGAAAUAUUGCUAUAGCUAUAGACCAUAUUGAAUUAUAUGAUAGCAAAUGA